AUAACCUCAGUAGUAAAGAAACAGCUUCAUACUUUUGCCGAACUUACAAUUUUUCAAUUUGAUAAAUGAAAUCUCGAAAACAUCGUCCUCCUUUGGAAUUUCUUUCUUGAUCUCAUGCAAUUUAGACCAGCACCUCAGGACAAAGAAAAGCAAAUAAAGGGGUCUGCACCAGCACUUGGACAUUACAAAUAACAGUGUCUCAGAAUCUCCUUCUUACCAUAUGUUCAUUAAGCACUUUUAGUUCUUUAGCAGUGAUUACCUAAUAUCACAUUCUAGCAUGGGUGUUUACAGUGACACAGAUGAGUAUCAAUCUCCAGUCUCUCCAGCAAGGUUGUUCAAGGCCUUGGCCAUUGAUGCUCACAAUCUCAUUCCAAAGCUUCUGCCACAGGCUGUGAAAAGUAUUGAAUUCAUACAGGGUGAUGGCGGGGCUGGAAGCAUCUUUCAAGUUAACUUUAUCGAAGGUAGCCAAGUGAAAACUCUUGUGAACAGAGUUGAUGAGAUAAAUGAGGACACGUUUACCUACAAUUACACAUUGAUUGAAGGUGAAACAUUGAAGGACAAGUUCACAUCCAUUGCUCACGAGACUAAGUUUGAGGCAGCACCUGUUGGUGGUAGCAUAAGCAAGGUAACAAACAAGUAUUAUCUUAAAGGUGAUGUUGAGAUCAAAGAAGAGGAAAUUAAGGCUAGCAAGGAGAAGGUUUUUGGCAUUUACAAAGUUGUGGAAACCUAUCUUUUGGGGAACCCUGAUGUGUAUGCUUGAAUCAUUAACUAGUCUGUUUGAUGGUUGGAUUAUGUUUGAUAAUAAGGGUAUGGAAUGUCUGAAAUUUAGGUUCCUCAAAUAAUUAGUACACCUGUGUUUUGCAGUGGUUUUGAAUUUUUCUGUACCAA